UUCCUCUCUGCGUUUUUUUUGGUGGUAAAUUCAAUCAGAUGGCAGUGGCUUCACUUGUCCUCCAUCACCGAAUCCUCUGUUUCUCAAAUCCAAAACCCAAUCAUCAUUCAACAAUCAGUAAAAGAAGACAAUGGUUCUUCAACUCCAUUCCCAAGUAUUCAACUGCCCACAUAAGGGUUCGAUUCUCUCUCAUCACUUGUUGUUCUUCGUCUUCACCACCACCGCCGGAGACGGCUGCGCAGACGGCGGAGUCAUGCGUCAACACGGGUCUCUCUCUCUUUUCUAAAGGACGGGUUAGAGAAGCUCUGGUACAAUUUGAUACAGCACUUAGCUUAAAUCCUAAUACUAUGGAAGCACAGGCAGCACUGUACAAUAAAGCAUGUUGUCAUGCCUACAGGGGGGAGGGAAAGCAAGCUGCUGAGUGUUUGCGCACUGCUCUUAAAGAUUAUAACAUCAAAUUUGGGACCAUCCUCAAUGAUCCAGAUUUAGCCUCCUUCAGAGCUUUACCAGAGUUCAAGGAAUUACAAGAAGAGGCGAGACUUGGUGGUGAGGAUAUAGGUGAUAGUUUCAGGAGAGACCUCAAGCUCAUUAGUGAAGUCCAAGCUCCAUUUCGUGGAGUUCGGAGAUUUUUUUAUGUGGCAUUUGCAGUAGCUGCAGGAAUUUCCACUUUUUUCACAAUUCCCUUGCUGUUCCGUGCAAUUCAAGGAGGUGAAGGUGCUCCUGAUCUAUUAGAUACUGCUGGAAAUGCCGCUGUAAAUAUUGGAGGCUUUGCUAUUCUGGUGGCACUGUUCAUCUGGGAUAAUAAAAAAGAAGAGGAGCAGAUUGCACAGAUAUCUCGAGAUGAAACUCUGUCCAGGUUACCUGUACGUCUUUCUACUAAUCGGAUUGUUGAAUUGGUGCAGCUACGGGAUGCUGUUAGACCGGUUAUUCUGGCUGGCAAACGGGAAAGUGUUUCUUUGGCAAUGCAAAAAGCUGAAAGAUUUAGGACUGAGCUCCUUAGAAGAGGUGUUCUUCUAGUUCCUGUCAUUUGGGGUGCAGUUGAGGCAGCUUCAGUUGAAAAGAAGGGCUUUGGGAGGUCUGUGAAGGCCGCUGCUUCUCUUCCCUCUAUUGGAGAUGACUUUGAGAAUCGAGCUCAAUCUAUAACUACGAAAUCAAGGUUGCAAGCUGAGAUACGUUUCAAGGCUGAGGCUGUAUCCCCUGCGGAAUGGGAAAGAUGGAUAACGGACCAGCAAAAAUCAAAAGGAGUUACUCCUGGCGAGGAUGUAUACAUAAUCCUUCGUCUCGAUGGUCGAGUCCGUACGUCAGGCAAGGGAAUGCCUGACUGGCCGCAAAUAGUAGAAGAGCUUCCUCCUUUGGAGAAUUUGUUAAGCAAACUCGAAAAAUGAGGUUCUUGCCCACAUCUUCUACUUGUAAGCAAUGCAGCAUUUUCCUGUCAACGGCAUCUCAUUUUGAUCUCCGAUGUGUUCCUUGGAUGAUAUAACCGGUUUAAAGCCAAGGUUAACCAUUGAAGACGUGUGCGAUUCAGAAGGUUUUGAGAUUUCAAGUCUUUGCUGCUCAUCAUCUUGCUUUAGGAGACAAGAUCUUACUUUAGGUUUUUGUUUUACAUUUCUGUUGUGUAUUUAUGUUUUGCAUUUCUCUGAGCAGUUUUAGCUUUCUAUUGUAUACCUAGUUCAACAACGUUCUUCCGAAUGUUGUGGAAAUUGAUUCAUUGGUGUAUAUAAGUAUUUGAUUAUGAUUUUGGAAGGGAAAAUGUGUUUGAGCAAA